CGACUUUUUCAUUUCAGUUGAUAGACUUUCAUAAAAUAGUGCCUGACAAUAAGGAAACAUGAUUGUCGGAUUUUUACUUCUCCUGGCCACUGUCGGCACUUUAUCUGUGAGCUCAAGGGCAGAUGAAGCCGCGUUCUGUGUUCAGUGUGAUCAGAAAAACCUCGAAAAAUGCUCAGUGAACACUGCAACACUGCCAGCAACGGCCUGUUCAAAGGGCGUAUCGAAGUGCUUCACAAAAUUGGAUGAUUACGGCCUGACUUCACGUGGUUGUCUCAAUGAUCUGACCAUUGCUGAUCAGAUGCUGUGCGAUUCCGAGUACAGUGAAAAUUGUGUCGUUUGCAAUGAGAAUGGGUGCAAUAGAGACAUUUUACCAGACACCAGACUCAAAUGCCAUGAGUGUAUAUCUACCAGAGAUCCUUCUUGCGCUUAUGGAAAAUCGCCACGAACUGCCACAUACUGUGCAACUCACGAUCCGGACAAUGUUUGCCUCACGCUUAUUAAGAGUGAAAAUCACAUUCAGAGACUCUGUUCGAGGAUACCUGCAGCCCACUGUACGAGUAACGUCAUCUCCUGCAGCAAGUGCAUCACAAAUGGAUGCAACAGUGAGGCAGUUUCAGUCACUCACUUGAAGCAGUUGGAGCAGUGUCCCUCAAUCCCGCCACCCCAGCCAUCGCCGGAAACUUCCACACCCACAACGACCACUUCUGCAAGACCUUCUGUCGUGCCAACCCCAACAACAUCUAAGCCGGCCAAUGGUGCAGCUAACAUCCUCCCAGGAUCACUCAUGGCAAUUAGUUUGAUAGCAGUGUUUCAUGCUGUGCACUGAAUUUACAACUCCUCAAGUGUUUGCUCGUGAUACGCGAAAUACUUCUUGAUAUCUUAUCAAUGAUUGUAAACAGUGGGGAUUUGAAAAUAAAUUGAUUUGCGCACUGCAGACUUACCCGA